CCUGAGUGAGGCUGUGAAAGGCCCUUUCACGAUGGUCCCCCUAUAUCCCCUAUGUCCCCCUAUCCCCUACCAUAACGCAACGCCCAUGGACCGCGCCGCGCUAUACCCAAGAACCCGCUCCGGUGCUAAACUUUGUGCCAAGUAUGCGGUGUGCGUGUGUGCGUGUGUGUCUGUGUCCGCCCUUCCGUGCCGCCCGGGACACCGGGGCCGGAGAGACCAUCGACUCCCCCUCGACGACAAACAACCGCCACCCAUCGCGAACCAGACGACCAGCAUCCCAUCCCUCCCCCUCCCGCGAGGAGUUUCGGCCACCGUUCUAGACCGCUCACCCGCGACGCGGCGGAAGAUGGGGGUUUUUUACCCCUCUAACCCCCCUCCCCUCCCCUCCCCUCCCCUCAUGCCCCUCACGGUAAGAUACAGAGCUCCGCGGCUGCAUGCAGGACAAGACAAGCUGCUGGGAUUGUGUGCACCAUGUAUGUGGCCUAAGUGGUGCCGGCUUUGUGCUACUGAGAGAUCUUCCACCGACAUCUCAGCCCGCGUGCCGCCAAACUCUCAGCCUCUCCACUGGGAGUGGGUAUGUUCGGCCGUUCCAGCUGGUGUCUCGCCCGUGCGUGCCAGUGAUGACAAAAGGGGGCCUCCCCUGCCGCACCUUCGUACUAUGUAGGCAGGCUUCCUCCAGCGUGUGUCUCUUCCCACGUCUCUCCUUCUCGGCUUGCCUAAUGCGGACAUCCCGAGCCUUGAUCCGUUUCUUGCUCGCAAAUAACCCCCUUUUUUUUCACUUGGGGAGGGGGUUUCUUAUUAUUUUCUUUCGAGUCACCGUCACCGAUACUCCACGAUCCAGAUGCCUCCCAUCACCGCUCGCUUCUUUUCGCCUUCCUCCUCCCAGAAGCACCAUGCCACAUGAAAGUCGCCCCCCUGAGGCCCCAGUUGCCAUUCUGUCCGUUCUCUCCGUCCCUCCAGAACCCCCCUCUUUCCUAAGCUGGAUUUGGUACGGGGACCUGAGGAGACGAAACGGAGGUCCCAGUGAGCCAGAUCCAUCGCCAAGGGCACGCACUGCCUUCACGCGUCGCGGCGGAUCCAGAAAAACGAUAGCCCAUCCUCGCAGGAUGGGUGUGGUCUAGUGUGUCAAAAGGCGCGAUUUGCCCGCGCAUAUCUCUCUCCUGCCUAGUGAUGAAAGCAAAUGCUGUGUAUCACGACUCCACCUAAAGUCCUGAACAG